AGCGCGCGAUGUCAAAACAAGUCAGUGAAAAGUUUGGUUAGGUUCUUUUGUUUUCUCUUUAGGUUUCUCAAUUUUUCGCAGUUUUCCCCGUGAAAAACUGGUGGGAAAAUGUGAAAAUGACCACAAGAGUGAAUAUCAAAGCACCUAGCAGUAAGACAAAAGGCAGACAACCUCAGUUAACGGAUUUUAUCAAGCGAAUUCCCAAAGCUUCUCCGGAAAAUAAGAUUCUAGACACAUCCAUUCAAUCAGGCCUCAAUGGUCUAAUUAACCGAAGUGUACUGAAGGAGAAUCUGGAAGUGCUGAAUAAUUCAAAGGAAGCAACUGAUGAAGGCUCUCCGAGUCUUCUGAGCAAGAAGCCUCUCAAGAAGUUCCAGCCAAAAAAGGCCAGGAAGAGAAUGGAUUGCAUAGAGAUCAGCGAUGAUGAGUUUGAGACUCCGAUGAGGAGGUCUCCUAAACCCAGUUCUGUUCUGCAAAACAUUUACGGGAAUCACAGUGAUUCCUCCCCUCAGUCAAGUUCCAAAAUUCCUCCUGAGGAACAGCUCGAGAGCCUUCUGGCCAAAUACUCAAAUAGUCCGAAGAAAAAACUCAUAACUCCUGAAAAAUCCUCUCCGAAAAUCGAUGUCUCAAAAUCCCUGGAGAAGCUCUCUGACGAUCUGAUGAACAGAGACGAAAAGUAUGCGUCAGCCGUGAAGAAAGUGGAGGAGAAUCUCAUGAGAUUAUCCUCGGAGAAGGUCAAAUUCUCUCCCAAAGUCCACAAAAGCGACGAUUUGAAGCAUGCAACGGUGAAGAGAAGCCUCCAGAUGGACAGCUUUGAGGGUAAGCGGGGGAGAUCUCCAGUAAUAGAUGAACUGGAUCUGCUCUGUAUGACCCCAACUCCUCCCUCUGCAGCUCCAGCAGUGCCAAAAUCCCAACCGAAAAUCCUCUUUGAUCCCAGUCUCGAUGACUUUGUUGAGCGCACAAAGAACUCCCGGGAAGUGACUGAAGAUUCAGUCAGGGAUCCUGAGAAGCUCAAAGAUAUUUACAUUGAGACAAUGGAGAGAUAUUGUGGGAUCAUUGAUAAGCUUCCACUGCCACAUUUUAAAGCGAUUGAGGGCUUUCAUUCAGUGACUUUUGCAAAGCUCAAAGCUCUGAGGCAUAAGAUUCAGGGCAAGUUCCGGGAGAAAAUCUCCUCCCAGACUUCUCAAGCUUCCUCCGAGGAUCAUGCAGAAAUGCCUCCUGAAGCCUCAAUUCCAGGAACUUCAUCUUCCUAUCGAAGCAAUUCAGUUCCAGAACCUUUCUACGAGUUGAAUGAGACUCUUGAUCCUGAUGAAUCACUUGUGACUCCCAGUAAAAAGAAAUUCGUGGCAAAAACUCAAAAAAGUGGACUUUUGCUGUCCAACUCCGUCAUUUCCAUUGAAGAGAGCCCAGUGAAGAAGUCCAGUGGUUUUCCGGAUGACGAUGAAAUUGAUGAUCUCCUGGGGCAAGUCCGUGAGGAAUCCCUGAAAAAUGAAGGACGCUUCUCAAUCUACAACGAGAAGAGAAUCAGUGAUUUCGAUCCUCCGGCAAAGCCCACAGGAACUCAGUGGAUUGAUGAUUCCUUCACGGAAGUUGACGAAGAUGGCUGGCAGAAGUAUUCCAUUGAGGACUUCACAGAACAGCCAAGUACGAGCAAGGCUACAGUUCCUGCGAGGAAGAAUGGCUUCAUGAGUGCCCAGCAGAAGAUGCAUCAAGAGGCAGAGACCCAAUAUAUCAUUGAUACCUGUCCAAGUCCUACGCAGACCAAGACAAAAUCUUCCAUCAAAUCCAACAAUGCCAUGGGAAACUUCCAUGCUGGCGUGAGGAAUGAUGGCGUCACCGGGGAAUUCGAUUCGAGGUCUUACAGCCACUCAGCGGAGAUGCAACAAAAAUUCCGGGAAGUGUUUGGCCUCAAGGAGUAUCGUCCAAACCAACUGCAGGUGAUUAAUGCUACCCUCCUCGGAGAGGAUUGCUUUGUGCUAAUGCCAACUGGAGGAGGAAAAUCUCUUUGUUAUCAACUUCCUGCUGUCAUGGCAGAGGGAGUAACCAUUGUGAUCAGCCCUUUGAAGUCUCUGAUCUACGAUCAGUGCGUCAAACUCUCUUCUCUAGAUAUAAAUGCCCAACAUCUAUCGGGGGAAGUUAGUCUUGAGAAGCAUCGUUCAAUUUUCAUGGAACUUGAAUGUUGUCCACCUUUAAUUAAGCUCCUGUAUGUGACACCAGAAAAGAUUUGUGCCUCAGACCGAAUAAGGACGGUACUGGGAAAACUCUAUGAACGUGGCUAUAUUGCUAGGUUUGUCAUUGAUGAGGCUCACUGUGUAUCUCAGUGGGGUCAUGAUUUUCGUCCGGACUACAAAAAACUCAGUCUGUUGCGUUGUAACUUUCCAAAUGUUCCGAUAAUUGCUUUGACAGCUACAGCAACUCCACGGGUUCGCAUUGAUAUCCUGAAUCAGCUCAAUUUGACCAAUUGCAAGUGGUUUUUAUGUAGUUUCAACAGGCCGAAUCUUAAGUAUAUUGUGGCACCGAAGAAGGGUGUUUCGACCAUUGGAGAGAUCAUUCAGUUAAUUAGAAGUAAGUACCCUCGAGCCAGUGGAAUUGUUUACUGUUUGUCAAGGAAGGAAUGCGAACAAAUAGCUCAGAAGUUGUCAUCAGGAGGAAUUCUGGCAAAGAGUUAUCAUGCUGGACUUAGUGACAAUAUAAGAGAUACUGUACAACAGGAAUGGAUCACAGAAAAGUUGCAAGUUGUCUGUGCAACAAUAGCUUUUGGGAUGGGAAUUGAUAAGCCGGAUGUCAGAUAUGUUAUUCACUAUUCCAUGCCCAAAUCAAUCGAAGGCUACUAUCAGGAAUCUGGAAGGGCGGGAAGAGAUGGUGAUCCAGCUACAUGUAUCCUCUACUACAACUAUACGGAUAUGAUGAGGUACAAGAAAAUGAUGGAUAUGGAUCGAACGCUUUCGUAUGACGUCAGGCAAGUUCACAUGCAGAAUUUGACAAGGAUGGUUGACUAUUGCGAAAAUGUGACGGAUUGUCGGAGAUCUCAGCAACUGAACUAUUUUGCUGAACAUUUCACCAGGGAACAGUGUUUGGAAAAUAGGUCAACAGCUUGCGACAAUUGCUUAAAGAGAGGCGAAUAUGAAACAAUUGACGCAACGGAUAUAGCCAAGGAAAUGGCCAAGUGCGUUAGGGAUCUCUGUAGUGGAACCAAGAGCUUUACUUUACUGCAUCUUGUGGAUCUUUUCAAGGGUAGCGAGACGAAGAAGAUCAAGGAUAACAAUCACCACAACACAAAGUAUCAUUCGCGUUUGGCACAAUGGGAGAAGGCCGACAUCAAACGACUCCUACACAAAAUGGUUCUCGACAACUAUCUGCGUGAACAAAUCAUCUUCAUCAAUGACAUCCCGCAAGCUUACGUCAGAAUUGGAUCAGCCAUUGAGAAUCUGAUGCAGGGAGGAAUUCGUAUCAUGUUUGCUCUGCAUCAGAAGGAUGCUGCUAAGAAGGAUCGAUCGAAACAGGAGGAGGUCCUGAUGAUGCCUAAAGCAGAUUCUGAAUUGGGCAAGGAACUCAAGGAGCUCGAGGAGAAAUGCCACAAUGAUCUGCUGGAGAAAAUGAGGACACUGGCAGGAGAACGCAAUGCUCAUAUUUCCAGUCUCAUCAAUAUACAGACCAUCAGGGAGAUGUCCAGGGUUAUGCCGGCUACUAAGGAGGAAAUGAUGAAACUGCCUCACAUCACAGCGGCCAAUUUUGAGAAAUUCGGACAGCAAUUGCUGGACAUUACGCAGAACUAUGCAGCACACAAACUAUCAAUUAUGUUGGAUGCCAAGGAAGAAGAGCAAUUUGAGGAGAAUCCUGAUGAUGAUGACGGAACAAAUUGGUCUGUGCUGGCAAAGCAGGAUCUCGGGGCCAAAAGGAAGAGGUCUUGGGGAGGAGGAAGUGCUCCGAAAAGGCGUUACAAAAGAACAGGUAGGAAAACUACAAAAGGAGGAACUCCGAGGAAGAGAGUUGGCAAGAAGAGAUCUCCCAGAAAGGGAUCGCCCAAGAAGAAGAUGGCUAGAACGGCUGCCACGACCCCAAAAGGAGGCAAGAAGGCUCCGCGACCUUUUCAACUUAUGCCACUGCCAGGAUCAAGCAGAGGGAACUAAGAGAUUUAGGAUCCGUGUAUAGUGUGAGAUUUUUCAAAAAGAAAUAUUUCUGUAAAUAAUUUUUGGUUUUAAUUACAUUUUUAUAAUUCGAACUCCA